GAGGGGAAAGCAGACAGAUGCUUGUGAGUGCUCCAUGGCUGCAGCUGCCUCAGUUCAUUCAUUUAUUACCUAUUGUAACUUGGAAGCAUUCUUUAGGUCAGUUCCUCUUCUGGGACCCGUCCCUGCCUUCUGGUUAAGGAAUCCAUGCACACAUACAGGAUGACUCAACAGUGGGAUGGAUGUUCAGAUACCAGAAAGGUGCUGGUAACUUGACAGGUACUUCCACAUUCUUUGGAGAGACCUGCUGUACGUGAGACCUUUCAGGAAACUGUGCAGUUUGAAUACAUCGCGAUGAAGAGAAUUAGGCAGAAGGUUGUGGUUGGAAAUGAAGAUCCUCAAGCGUCACAGAAAAGCAAAAAACAGAGAACUUGUUUCUAUGGCUCAGUGUUUGGUGAAUCUGACUUGCACUCUUCAGUAGACUGGGGAAGGCUCCCACACCAUGUUAUUCUGCGUAUUUUUCAGUUUCUACCUUUAGUAGAUCGAGCCAGGGCAUCUUCUGUUUGUCGAAGGUGGAACGAAACUUUUCACAUUCCAGAUCUCUGGAGGAGAUUUGAAUUUGAACUUAACCAGCCAGCUACUUCUUACUUAAAGUCUACACAUCCUGAUCUCAUUCAGCAGAUUAUCAAGAGGCACGCUGAUCAUCUGCAGUACGUCAGCUUCAAGGUCGAUAGCAGUACUGAGUCAGCAGAGGCAGCCUGUGACAUCCUUUCUCAGUUGGUGAACUGUUCUAUCAAGACACUGGGUUUGAUUUCUACAGCAAAACCAAGCUUCAUGAAUGUCUCUAAGGCCCACUUUGCUUCAGCAUUGACAGUUGUUUUUGUAAACUCCAAGUCAUUAUCAUCAAUCAAGAUAGAAGACACACCACUUGAUGAUCCUUCCUUGAAAGUUCUUGUGGCUAACAAUAGUGAUACUCUAAAACUGCUGAAAAUGAGCAGCUGUCCUCAUGUAUCACCUGCUGGAAUUCUUUGUGUUGCUGACCAGUGUCACGGACUUAAGGAGCUGGCUUUGAACUACUACAUAUUAAGCGAUGAACUACUCUUGGCUCUUUCAAGUGAAAAACAUGUUGAUCUUGAACACCUUCGCAUAGAUGUUGUGAGUGAAAAUCCCGGACAAGUUGAAUUUCACACUAUUAAAAAGCAAAGCUGGGAUGCUCUUGUUAAACACUCCCCCAAAGUCAACAUUGUGAUGUAUUUCUUCUUAUAUGAAGAAGAAUUUGAUGCUUUCUUCAGAGAGGAAACGCCUGUGACACACCUUUAUUUUGGGCGUGCAGUAAGCAAAGCAAUGUUGGGUCGUAUCGGCAUGAAUUGCCCGAGGUUAAUUGAGUUGGUUGUGUGUGCUAAUGGGCUUCAACCUUUGGAUGAUGAACUUAUUCGGAUCGCAGAGCGCUGUAAGAACUUAACAGCGAUGGGACUUGGUGAAUGUGAAGUAACUUGCAGGGGUUUUAUUGAAUUUGUAAAGAUGUGUGGGUGCAGGCUUACCCAGCUUUCUAUCAUGGAGGAAGUAUUGAUUCCAGAUAAUGAUUACAGCUUAGAUCAACUUCAUUUGGAAGUUUCCAAACACCUUGGAAGAAUGUGGUUUCCUGAUAUGAUGCCAACGUGGUAAAUUCUCUACGUUUGUGGAUAAACUGAUAGAAUCAGAGUGUUGCUUUCUAUGCAAUAAAGAAUUUUUAAAAAAUGAGUUGUGAAAACUUAUUUCAAGAUUUGAAUUUUUCUACUUUCAGAAUCUUUAGUAGCGUAACAGCAAAACAUUCUGGAAUGUUAAUGGUAUAUUGAAAUAGAAAAUAGAUGAAGUGUACUUAACCCUUCUGAAAAUGUCUGUGGUUUACAGGUGCUUCAGAUUUCAGUGAACUCAAGCUUCUCUGAGUUUCAGUUUAAAGGUUCCAUUCACAUUAAAUAUAUAUUUUUUUCAGGUC